GAUCCAUCACUCGUGCUGCCAAAGCCAUGGCUUCCAAAUGCCUCAGGGCCAGCUUCUCGUCGGGGACUCUCAAGGUCCCUGGAGGGGCUGGUGGGGGCUUUGCUCGCGUGCCCACGAUGUACUCCAGUAGCUCUUGCAAGCUCCCCAGCCUCUCCCGGGGGGCCCGGAGUUUCUCUGCCUGCUCGUUUGGGCUGGGCAGGAGCAGCUGCAGGGCUGCCCGCGGCCUCCCUGCUCUCUGUCUCCCCUCUGGAGGCUUUGCUACCAGCUACAGCACGGGCGGGGGCUGGUUCGGGGAGGGCAUCCUCACCGGCAACGAGAAGGAGACCAUGCAGUUCCUGAACGACCGGCUGGCCAGCUACCUGGAGAAGGUGCGCCAGCUGGAGCGGGACAACGCGGAGCUGGAGAGCCGCAUCCGCGAGUGGUGUGAGCAGCAGGUGCCCUGCCUGUGCCCCGACUACCAGUGCUACUUCCAGACCAUCGAGGAGUUCCAGAAGAAGACCCUGUGCACCAAGGCAGAGAACGCCAGGCUGGUGGUGCAGAUCGACAAUGCCAAGCUGGCUGCAGAUGACUUCAGGACCAAGUAUGAGACAGAGGUGUCCAUGCGGCAGCUGGUGGAGUCGGACAUGAACGGCCUGCGCAGGAUCCUGGAUGAUCUGACCCUGUGCAAGGCCGACCUGGAGGCCCAGGUGGAGUCCCUGAAGGAGGAGCUCCUCUACCUCAAGAGGAACCAUGAAGAGGAAGUGAAUUCACUGCGCUGCCAGCUUGGUGAUCGACUCAACGUUGAGGUGGACGUCGCCCCACCUGUUGACCUGAACCGUGUCCUGGAUGAGAUGAGAUGCCAGUAUGAGACCCUGGUGGAGAAUAACCGCCAGGAUGCUGAAGACUGGCUUAACACCCAGACCGAGGAGCUGAACCAGCAGGUGGUGUCCAGCUCUGAGCAGCUGCAGUCGUGCCAGGCGGAGAUCAUCGAGCUGAGACGCACAGUAAAUGCCCUGGAGAUCGAGCUGCAGGCCCAGCACAGCAUGAGGGAUGCUUUGGAAUCCACCCUGGCAGAGACGGAGGCCCGCUACAGCUCCCAGCUGGCCCAGAUGCAGUGCCUGAUCACCAACGUGGAGUCCCAGUUGGCUGAGAUCCGCUGUGACCUGGAGUGGCAGAACCAGGAGUACCAGGUGCUGCUGGACGUGCAGGCCCAGCUGGAGUGUGAGAUCAACACGUACCGGGGGCUGCUGGAGAGUGAGGAUUGCAAGCUCCCCUGUAACCCAUGUGCCCCUGACAACUCACCCUCCAAGUCAUGCCUCCCGUGUCUUCCUGCAGCUUCCUGUGGGCCUGGUGCAGGCCUAACCACCUGUAGCCCCCACCCCAUUUGCAUGCCCUGCCCGGGGGGUUGGUUCUGAGAGUGACUAGUCCAGAAACCCAAGGCCAUUGUCUCCAGGGCUUGGACUUGGCCUCAAUUCAACUGUAAUCCUAAAGCCCAAUCCCCUGUCUUUGUGCAGAGUCCUGGCCCAGGCCUGGCCCUGAGAGGGCUCACAGAAAAUACACACCUUCACCUUUCUCAAAGCCUGUCACUAAGGCUGGCCACCCCUGGAGCCCUCACCUCCUCAUCAUUUCAAUGGGGCCAGAGUCUCUGUUCUCAGGCUGCCUCCCAGGUCAGGUUUUCCUUCUGGGCGUCAUUUCAGUGGGGUCUGAAAUGCAGCAGAGGGCUUCUGUUGGAGGAACAAUAAAGCGCUCUUGCUCUGGUUCUCAAUGCCUAACCA